AUGGCACACGUAAAGAGAAUUUCACAAGAAACUAAAAUUGAUGAGGAUAUAAAAUGUGAAGCCCACAAAUCUAUGAGCUUGAACUGUUUCUGUAAAACAUGUGACGUGUUAGUGUGUAUGGACUGCAUACUAAAGCUUCACAAAUCACACGAUUGGUGUAAAGUACACGAUAUCGUUACCACGAAGAAAUACGAACUUUCAGAAAAUUUACGACACAUCCAAAGGGAUCAUCUGAGGCUCUUGUCCGUUAGCAUUUCCGAUACCAAGAGAGCGUCCAAUGAUAUAAGCGACCAGCUGGCGCGGAUCGACGCCCAGGGAGAUAAAAUCAUAGCCAUCGUUCGAGAAAUCCAAGAGAAAUUGAAACGGACUUGUAAAGAUAAAGUCAAAUUAUCCAAAGUCGCAGUUGAAAAGGCGGAAUCCGACAAAAUUUAUUUGGAAAAUAUCCGACGGAUUUGUACAGAGAAAUCCAAAUCCGGUUGCGAUGCUGAAAUAAUACUAGCAAAUCGGAACUUGAAGAUGUCGAUGGUUGAAUACUUACCCGACAACUUUCGUAAACAGCUGGUAUCGUGGUCUUUCGAGCAGGGAAACGUUGAAAAAGACCUACUGGAGGAGAUGUUUGGGCGACUCGUUCCUAAAGAAAGCGUUUCUGAAAAGAAUAAACCAAUAAAGCACUCAGUCGAUGUCAAAACACCAAGGUCGGCACAACGCACGCGCAAUUACGAGACAGAGUUCAAGAUAGACUUUGAUGUUCUCUCCACAUUUCGGCACGGAGUGUUUGAUAUACAGUCAAUUUGUCCAAUCUCUGAGAAGGCGUGGAUUCAUCAACGAGAGGGCCACACCAACGCUUUGGUAGACAGAGAUGGGGAGGUCAUCAAAAAGCUUAAUUUCCAAUUUGUUGUAAAUUCUUUUAGCAAAACGCGCGAUGGGACUUUGCUAUGCGCCGAUUUUCGCAACAAAAGCAUUUACAAAGUAAUACCGUCGGACGGCGUUAUCGUUAAGUUGUUUGAAACAAAAAACUUGCGCCCGACAAGUGUUUCCUUAACGCACGACGGUCACCUCUUGGUCAGCCUUGUGGACAAGUUUGAAUUCGUACUUUCCAGACAGAGUCAAAGGAAAAUAUCAAAAAUAAAAAUGGAUGGAACGGAAGUCCAAGUUUAUGGAACGGCAAACUUAUUCACCGCACCAAGAAAGGCCAUCCAGAAUGGAAAUCGGGAUAUUUGCGUCAUCGACGUUCUAGGAGAAAAUAAGGGUCGCUUAUGCGUUCUUGAAAAUGAAGGUCGUCUGAAGUUCAUUUACAAAGAAUACAACAAGACGGCACCUCUUUGGGAUCGCUGGAUGGUCGAUAUAUCGGCAUGGGACUUGUGUUGCGAUAGUCGUAAUAGAAUAAUUGUCAGUGGUUAUCAGAAUAACGAAAUCCGCUUUAUCGACAGUUUCGGCAAAUUAUUGGAAAAAUUUGUCACGACCGGUCAUGGUAUUGACAAGUUCCCGAUCUGCCUGGGAGUGGACCACUUCACAUUAUGGGUGGGGUUUGAAGAGGGCAACGUGAUGGUGUUAAAAUAUGAUAAAUGA